AUGUCCCGGCCCGGCAGCCCCCGGCCCGAGCGGCCCCGAACCGAACCGGGACCGCCGCCAGCCCCGGGCACCCCUGGCACCCCAAAUUCCCCGUGGGAAUUCAGCAGCACUGAAGGUGGUCCUGCCCCCUCCUGCCUUUCUGCCAGGGGGUGUUUGGCACAGGGAUUUCUCCCAUGGGAGGUGCCUGAGCCCUCCCUCCCUGCCCUGAGGGGUCCCCGGUCCCCUGCCCGCCCCGCGGUUCCAAAGAAGGAGAAACCCCCGAAAGCCCUGGAAGGUGACAAACCCCCGGCAGUGCUGACAAAAAGCCCCCGGGCCGAGCUCUGCGGCGCUCCCGAAGCUGUGACAUGCCAGCCCCAGGUGGGGCCACCCCUGCAGUCCCCUGGUCCCUGCACGCAGCUGCUGCCCAACGGGGACGCGGGGAACGGGAUCUGCCGAGCUGUGCCCGGCACACAGAAACCUCCCCGAAAGCUGCAGCCCCACCACUCCAUCAACAGCCAGGGCAGCAAGAAGAGCAAGGGCAGCUCCAAGUCACCCUCCUCCCACAUCCCCAUUGAGGCGCAGGAAGAUUGCUGCGUGCACUGCAUCCUCUCCUGCCUCUUCUGCGAGUUCCUGACCCUGUGCAACAUCGUGCUGGACUGUGCCACGUGCGGCUCCUGCACCUCGGAGGACUCCUGCAUCUGCUGCUGCUGCUGCAACUCGGGCGAGUGCGCGGACUGCGACCUGCCCUGCGACAUGGACUGCGGCAUCAUCGACGCCUGCUGCGAGUCUGCCGACUGCCUGGAGAUCUGCAUGGAGUGCUGCGGGCUCUGCUUCUCCUCCUGA